AUGAGAUUCGACAUGGUUUCCGGCGCAUCUGCGCUGCUGUGGUUCGUCGCCAGCGUCGAGGCAUCCAAGCAUGCGCAUCUGCACCAUUUGAGACAUGACCACGGCGCCGUCCACUCCGUUGCUGAAGUUGGAGCGCCAUUGGAGAAGAGAGGAGGGAAGUGCCAGUUCCCCACCGAUGCCGGUUUAGUCGCUGUGACUCCGAACAUGAAGAACGCCGGAUGGGCGAUGAGCCCCGAUCAGUCCUGCGAGCCUGGCAAUUACUGCCCGUACGCUUGUCCCCCCGGCCAGGUGUCGAUGCAGUGGGACCCCGAAGCGACCUCGUAUUCGUACCCCAUGUCCAUGAAUGGCGGUCUCUAUUGCGACAAGGACGGUCAGAUCAAGAAGCCGUUCCCCGACAAGCCGUAUUGCCAGGAUGGCACGGGUGCCGUGGGCGCGAAGAAUAAGUGCAGCAAGCAUGUUGCGAUCUGCCAGACUGUGCUGCCUGGAAACGAGGCCAUGUUGAUUCCCACGCUGGUCCAGGACGUUGCUACUCUUGCCGUGCCUGACCUCAGCUACUGGUGUGAAACCGCCGCUCACUUCUAUAUCAACCCUCCUGGCUAUGACACCGAGACCGCUUGUGUCUGGGGUACUUCUGCCAGCCCCCUGGGUAACUGGUCGCCUUAUGUUGCUGGCGCAAACACCGACGGAGACGGCAAUACGUUCGUGAAGAUCGGAUGGAACCCCAUCUAUCUGGAGCCCACCACGCCUUUCCGCGACGUCGUCCCAGACUUUGGGGUCGAGAUCGAGUGCGAGGGCGGUGGUUGCAACGGCCUUCCAUGCAAGAUCGACCCCGCGGUGAACGCGGUCAACGAGAUGAUCGGUAGCACCGCCGUUGGAGCCGGAGGCGCCACCUUCUGUGUGGUGACGGUCCCCAAGGGGGAAAAGGCCAACGUUGUUGUCUUCGAAAAGUCCGGCGGCGGCAGCGGCAGCGGCAAUGGCGAUUCCCACUCCACAACCGCGCCACCCUCCACGACCUCCCAACCCAGCUCGAGCACCACAACCUCCUCCUCCAGCACAGCAUCCUCCAGCACGUCGACUCCUGCCUCGUCAUCUUCAUCAGAACCCACUGACACAGACUCGAGCUCGAGCGCCACCGUCACCCCCUCCUCCAGCAGCGACCCCACCUCAUCGGCCAAGGCAUCCAGCGCUGGACAGGCUUCGGAAUCCGGUGCAUUCUCGUACACGUACAAGCCUCACGUGUUCGUCGAGCAGUCAGUCUCAGUGGAGGCCAUGGCAGCCGAAACGGCUGGCCCGGCACAAGCCACGGCCACUCCCACCCCUGCUUCCAAGGAAAAGGAGAAGGAGGGCAGCGCCGCCCACGUUGCCUUCUCCGUGCUGACUCUGGGCAUGGGCGCCGUCGCGGCGAUCAUGAUCAACCUGUAG